AUGGUUGGUACGUCCGUCGGAAAGCAACAGUCGCAAGUUGCACUUAAACUAAAAAUCGUUCUUUUGUUGGCGGUCAUCGUCGAAUCAGGGGGAGAGUUUGCUUUCCUCCCGGACGCUUUGCUGCUGCAUGUCGUUUGGGUUCGUCUGCAGUUAUCCAUUUUCUCCAGUUUGACCGUUGAUUUCUGUCCUUUUAGCGACGGUAUUUCCGGCUUCUCUCAUCAAGAGGGAAUAACUGAGGAUGUGAUUCGCAUUUUUCUAGGUCCGCCACGUGACUGCAGCGGAGACAUAUACUAUGAACAUCCUGAUGAAAAGCUAACUUGCAACCCAGAUUUGCGGCGAAACAACUGUCCGGUAAAUUGCCGGUGCACGUACGGUCAUAGGUGCUGCUGUGAAAGAAGAGAAAACGUACCGGGAGAUGUGUUCGAAAAAUGCGAUGAAGAUGAUGUAUGUUACGACAAAUUCUCGUCAUGCAAAUUUGGAUUCUGUCAGUGCGACUCGGGCUACAUAUUCAAUGGCAGCAAGUGCUUCCCACGGCAGCUUUUGCCUGAUUCGUCGUUCACGAUGCACAUCUUGGCGAUGAAUGCGGCGAAGGCAUCAGCAUCUGCAUCGAAAAAAAUUCAGGAUGUUUCCACGGAACAUGUUCUUGUCUACCGGAAUACGUUGCAGUUGGCGGAAAGUGUCUCAGGCAGAAAUGUUAAUCAAGGCUCAGUUAGCUUCCUCCUCGUUCAUUCCAAUACUUUAGUGAAAAUGCUAAGGGAGACGUGUGUCUCUGACAGCGAGUGCGGCGUUGCCUAUUCACAAUGCUCCAGCGGAACGUGCCAGUGUGUGAAUGGCUAUGGCGAAACAAACUCUACUUGUAUUCCUGAAGUGGUCACAAUCAAUGAGCCUUGCGGCAUCGGGAUCGGUCACUGUCGCCUGCAAAAUGCAAAGUGUCUGAACGGAAGGUGCCAGUGCCUCACGGGCUAUAUUAAUAAGAACAAUACGUGCGUGCGGUUCAAAGCGAAAUACCUUAACGACGCGUGCAACUUGGAUUCCGAAUGCUCGACCCCGUAUUCAGAAUGUGUCGACUGCACUUGUCAGUGCAAGAAAGGAUUCGAGGAGCACAAUCUUGCAUGUGAACCAAAAUUCGGUCAUCCAUUGGACGUUGCUUGGGAUAAAUGUUUGACUCAGUGCCCUCUGGAUACGCACUUCUGUUUGCGUGACCCCUAUAUCCCAAACAGAUUCAGCUGUUGCGAGAAAGCGUAUUACGGGAACGAUAUUUGGAGCAAAGGUAAGUGCAUUCAACAAUUGGACAUCGGCGAACCGUGUUCCACCGACGACCAGUGCAUCAGGAGCCAAGGAACCUGCGUUCAGAAAGAAACCAGUGAGGACACCGCAAUCGAUCGAUUUGCGGUAUAA